AUGCCAGAAAACAUAUCCCUAAUUCGUAUCUACCUCGCCUCUUCAAACGCCUCCAAGAAUACGGAAAUUUUGGAUGAUGUUGGCCAUUUCGAGAGUGUCGAGUUAUCAAUACUUCUAUGUGAAGUUAAUUUGGAAACUGCUUCCAGGAUGUAUACAAUAUUUGGAGUUGCUGGAACAAUUAGAUUGCUUGCAGGGACAUAUGUAUUGGUCAUAACUUCUCGCAAGGAGGUUGGAACUUACCUUGGUUAUCCUAUCUUCAGAGUCAUGUCUAGGAAGUUCUUAUGUUGUAAUGAAGGUUUAAGUAAUCUUAAUAAUCAGCAAUAUGAUGGAUUCAAGUCAUCAUUUUUACAGGUCCGAGGUUCAAUUCCUCUAUUGUGGGAACAAAUUGUUGAUUUAAGUUAUAAACCACGUAAUUUUAACCUUGUGUUUAACUGGAUGCAUCCCAUGGUGGUGAAAUGCCACUUUCAAGAUCUUAUGCAAAGAUAUGGAGAUACUAUUGUUGUUGACUUAACUGACCAGCAUGGAAAUGAGAGCCUUUUAAACCUGGCAUAUGCCACAGAAAUGGAAAAGCUUCCUGAUGUUAGAUGA